AUGUUGGCCUGUUCGACUGGACUCCUGACGGUGUUAACAGCUGGCGAGGUAGAUGAGAUGUAUGGCUCCUCCUCCAACUGGUCUUGCCCAUCAUGGAUUUUAGCGCCCAAGUCGAUUACUCAAUCUGACACAUCAGUCUCAGUCUCGGCCAGUGUAUCCAUCCCUGUGGCUUCUCUUCCGACCUUCAAGCGUCAUCCCGAAUCGGUCACCGGCCUUUCGUCUCACCCAGGCAGCCUCGAAGCCCACCUCCUGACCAUACCUCCCAUCAACCGGUGCGAGUGUCUCCACCCCUCAGGCGGCUUAGCCGGGACAGAUGGAAACCGUCUCGACGACACCCUUCGCAGCCUCUUCGCCCUGUGUGAGUAUAGACAGAUCAGCUCAGAGGUGGAGCUGUGUCCAGCCUCGAAGUUGGCUGAAGAUACAAGUUCUGGGGAACUUAAUCUCUGGCCUUGCGCGCCUUAA